AUGACUACCAGUAGUAAUAACCUUGCAGCGGAAAUUGUAACAGCGAUGGAUAGAAAUAGAAUUAACAGAGUUGAUCUUUGUCUCGACGAUGCAAAGAAAUUAAUCAACGACUAUCAAACAGGGAAAAUUAUGGCUGGUGUAGAUCCAGAAAAAUUAUGGCGAGCUAAAAAAAUCGUGGAAUCAACUAUCCAUCCGGAUACAGGCGAGGCUGUGUUCUUACCAUUUCGUAUGUCUUGUUUUGUACCUACUAAUCUUGUAAUUGUGGCUGGAAUGUUGAUGCCUAAUCCGAGUAUGAAAAGUAUGAUAUUUUGGCAAUGGGCAAAUCAAAGUAUAAACGUAGCAUUUAAUUAUUCGAAUGCUAACAAAACCAUAAAAAUGGAUUAUAAAGAGACAUUUUUCGCCUACGUAUCAGCAGUAACAACAUCAUGCGGGUUAGCAGUAGGACUCACACAAUUAGUACCUCGGCUAAGAUUUGUGAAACCGGCAACUCGAAAUUUAUUGAGUCGUCUGGUGCCUUUUGCGGCUGUUGCUAGCGCCGGGACUGUUAAUGUUUACUUGAUGAGAUUAAAAGAGAUUAGGAGUGGGAUUGAUGUAUACGAUGAGGACGGUAAUGUAUUGGGUAAAUCCAAAGCAGCAGGAGCUUCAGCUGUCAAACAGGUCGCAAUAUCCCGAAUCCUAAAUAACUCACCGGUUCUUACCAUCCCACCACUGGUACUAUCACAAUUAGAAAAAACAAGUUUUCUGAGAAGGAAUCCUAGACUUCUGUUACCAAUGAAUUUUGGACUAAUAACUCUAUCCGCAUUCACCACGCUUCCACUUGCAAUUGCUGUUUUCCCACAGCGAGCCGAGAUUGAUACAAAAAAAUUAGAGCCACAAUUUCAGAAUUUGCGCAAGAAGAAUG